AUGCAUCCGCCGCCGCCCGCCGCUGCCGCGAUGGAUUUCAGUCAGAACAGCCUGUUCGGCUACAUGGAGGACCUGCAGGAGCUCACCAUCAUCGAGAGGCCGGUCCGCCGGAGCCUCAAGACACCAGAAGAAAUAGAAAGAUUGACAGUUGAUGAAGACCUCAGUGAUAUUGAAAGGGCUGUUUAUCUGCUCAGUGCUGGCCAAGAUAUCCAAGGAACAAGUGUGAUUGCAAAUCUUCCAUUUUUGAUGCGACAGAAUCCUGCUGAGACACUUCGGAGAGUCUUGCCGAAAGUUAGAGUAAGUUGGUGUGAAAUAAGAUUUGAAUUUACCAUUUUUCCAGUAGCACAUUGUCAUUAUCAGGAGGAGAUGUCAGAAUUUUGGAUGGGUGAUCUUUUGUACCUAAUUGUGGAGUGGAGGAAGUAUUAUAAUACACAUUUUGAGUUAUAAUGAAAAUAUUUAGGAAAAUUGGCUGAAAAUGGGAAAAAUCCAGAUGUUAAGUUGUAAAUG